CCAAUACCGCAUUAUUAACAUUUAACACAGGUGUUUUAUUUUUUUAUUUAUCAAGGUUUCAAGUUUUUCUAAAUGAUAACUCUGUUACAAGUAAACAUCACAACAUAAAUAGAACCAAAAUGGAAACCACGACCCAAACCGAGAACAAGCCAUUCCCGGUCAUCGACACUGCUGACUUCCAGUCCCAUUUGGUCGAAGCUGGAAGACGGCUUGUCGUGGUACAUUUUCAUUCAGACGAGUCUCAACCAUCCAAAGAAAUGUUGCCCAAGUGUAAAGAACUCGCUGAACAUAAUAAGGAAGUGAUAUUCUUGAAGGUGAACAUCGAACACAAAGAACUGGCGGAGAGGUACAACGUCUCCAUGACUCCUACCUUUCUGUUUCUCAAGAACGGAAAAGUAAUGGAAAUGAUAACGGGAGCGAACGAACGCAGGUUGGAGACUUUAGUUCACGACCUUAAACAUUAGUCGAGGUAAAGUAUUUCGGAAACCACUUGAUGUAUUUUGUUCAAAGAUAAUAAACAUAUUAAAAAAUUAUAACCUUUAUCUUAUUAGAAAAUAAAUUAGACGUUUUUAUAUGGAGUAAACCAAGGAUGCAGACAGAUGUAUCGAUUGAUCCAAAUGUGUUCUCCAAACCAUGGAAAGACCUAAAAUUAGGAAUCGAGAGUGCUCUUAUCCCGAUGACGACAUGAUUUCAUGUUUCCUUCUCCCUCCGAAGAAAUUUUAUUGCUCUUUCUUUUUCAAAACAAU